AAAAAAUAUACAUAAAAAAUCAUACUAACUCAAAGGCCAUAGGCAUAGGCCUAAACUUUUAAAGAUUAUUAAGUCAGACACUGAAAUGAAUUUAAAUAUAAUAUAUAAUUAUAUGCUUGUAUUAUGAUUACCGGACUAUGUUUCAAAUGUAUUUUUAUAUUACCUUAUUUUCUACUAUAAUCAUGGGAUGCCUGUCUGAUAAUUAUUUAAUGGAUAACUCGACAGGAUAUGAUUAUGAUCCGCAGAAAGCACUUGUUUAUUGUUCGUUUUUGUGAGUAAGCUUACUUCUAUACAAAAUAAUAUACCCAGUUUACUUACCUAGACCUGAACGACUACCUACUUAGCAAAUUAAUAAUUUAGCAAAACUAAUUGCCAGCAACUAAUAUGAUGGGCUGUUUCAGAUUUAGAGGCCCUAUUGUCUGAGUCUGAAUCAGAAUUGUUUUCCUAAAUUGAGCUAUAAGGCUAUAUUGCCUUGGCCUAUGCUUAUACUUAUAAAAUAUAACUGUGGUUUACAUAAAACAGAAAUUAAUGCCCAUCAUACAUCAUGAUGUAAAGUUAAGGUAUUUGUAGGUAAACAAAACUCAUAUUAUAUACCAGCACCUGCCUAGAGUCAGUGUCACCUAAGUUUUCAAUAAUUCUGAGUAUUUUUGCUAUCUUGACCCAGGUCACUAGCUGGCAGCUGGGAAACACUAGUCUAUAACUAUAGUGUAUUAUUUAAUUUUAUACAAAAUUUUGAGCAAGGACACUUGACUAUUCACUAAGACUUAAUCUCUUAUUUCAUAAAACACACUGUUCGAAUCUAGAAACUUAUAACCUUUAUUCAUUACUACAAAACCAUUAAGACCAAUUAAAAGGAUUAUUGUGAUAAAUCUUGAUGUAAACAUUUUUAUUUUAAUGUAGGCAUGUGCCUAUAGGUUAGGUAUUAUUUAAAAUAAAUAGUAUAGUAUAGACAAAAGCAUACUAAGCACAUUAUUGGUCGAUAAUUAAUAAUGGCAAUGCACUUUUCAUUUUUGCUCUCAUAUAUAUAUGGGCUGAUUGCCUUUUCAGCAAACUUGUAUUAUUCUCUACUUGAAAUUUGUGAUGAUGCAAAAAGAAGGUGUCAUAAUUUGCCAGUACUUGGUUGCAGCAAUGUAGUCUAUCAGAAGGGUCUAAACUGACUCAAUCCAAAUAGCUUGUGGUCUGGAGUUCAAUCAAUCCCCACCAAAGCCAAAGCAAGCAAAAACAUCCCAAGCAUCCAGGGUGGAUGGGACUUGUUAGCCUUGGACGGCAACUCAUCUAAGAGAAGGCAAACUCUGGAUUCAAACUAGGAGUCAGAAUGAUCAAUAAAUUGAUUGUGGGCCCUCAAAUAUAGAAGAAAAAAAUCUGCCAGAGUAGCAUUUUAUCAUUUACAGAUGACCCCAGGUGUAAAUUUUGUAAAUAUGAGUGAUGCUCUUCUAUUUUCAAUUAGGCUUAUGCAUUCGAAUUUUGAGUUUCUUUAUAUUAACCAGAGUUUUAAUACGGUACUGAUAUUUACAAAUGUUUUGUAGGCAUUAUUGAUAGUAAUUAAAUUAAAAGAAUUAUUCCAAUUUUUCUCAGGCCUUUAGAAUUUCUGAACUGUAGUGCCCCAGAAGAUUUAAAAGGAAAUAUUACAAAAAGAAAGGAGCAAGGUUAUGGUUGUACUAAGGUAAGGAAUAUGUACUUUUUAAUCACACAUGUGUCAAACUCAAGGCCCGCGGGCCACAUCUGGCCCGCUUAUAAUUAUAUCAGGCCCGCGAGGUCUUGACCAGCAAACAAUUAUAUCAAAGUCAACGCCAUGGUUUUUCCCAAUGCAUACUUUGCUGAAAAGCUUAGCUUACUUCGCGUAGAGUUCGCACUGCGCUUUAGUGACUUUGAAGCAGAGAAAUGUAAUUUCGAGCUGUUGAACCAAUUUGUCAUAGAUGUGGCAACUGCACCUGUAAAUUUGCAGAUUGAGCUAAUAGAGCUGCAGUGUAAUGGGACACUAAAGGAAAUGUACGACACAGUUAGGCCAGCACAUUUCACUCGUUUCAUUCCUGAAAGGAUUCCCCAGCUUCGUCCACAUGUGGCUCAAACCUUGAACAUGUUGGGUAGCACAUAUAUGUGUCAGCAGCUGUUUUCUGUGAUGAAGAUUAACAAAACAUCACACAGGAGUCAUCUCACAGAUGAACACUUGGAGUCCAUCAUGAGAAUUUCAAUGACACAGAACGUUACUCCCAACAUAAACGAACUUACUUGUUAUAUAUAAAUGUUUUUUUUUUUAAAUAUUAAUUUUCUGCUUAUUGAAUGUUUAUUCUGCUCGGCCCGCAACCUUACAUGUAAUUUGAGGUUUGGCCUGCCGAGCGAUUGAGUUUGACACCCCUGUUUUAUCAGGUUCAGAAGGUGAAUGAUUUCACUCUGGCAAUGAUUCUGAAUUUUUAAAAAUAAUUAACAACAUUACAAAAAUGGGAGAAAAAAGGCCUCAUCAAUACCUCACGUAUUAAUGAUUUUAUUUUUACACCUUCCCAUCCCAGAGCAGGAUGGUUGCUUUAAUUUAAGAAAAAUAUUUGGUGGCUUCAAGCAUUAGCUGGGUUGAAAUGGCUAUUAUGAAACAGUCCCUUCCAUUUAGUGUAUAGUUUUAUCAUCAAUUGACAGUGGACAUUAUUUGUCUUCGUUUUACUGUUUUAAAAUAUUUUAAGUAGACUCCCGCCUGACAUGAAAAAGUAAUCUGAAAUAAUUUUAUAUUAAUAUCAGGGUUCAUGUUAAGAAUUUUAGAAGUUUUAGGGUAUUAAAUGUGACAUGAGUGAGUUUCAGAAAAUAGGAAAUAUAAUGUAUCAGUUACAUCAACUAGAGUAUAAAAAUUCGAGGUAUAAAUUAAAUAAUUAAAUGAGGAACUACAUUUUUUUUCUUCUAAUUUUAAUAUCUUCAAGUGGGGUGGUGAAAAAUUUGAAGAUGUUCAGAAUACAAGCGUGUGGUGCACAGCUUUACCUGGCAUAGAAUGUUAUGGCAAUAGAACUUUUCUUAGAGAUGGAUUCCCAUGCAUAAUGUAAGUAAAUCUACUUAUUUCCCUUUGGUAUGUUUAAUACCUGUAUGUUUGAAUUAUCUGUCUAUUACUAUUACUCAAAUAUAAACUUAUUUUAUUUGAAAUAUUAAAAUAAGUAAGAUCUAGUAUUUUAUACAAAUGUCUAUUAUAAUAUCAUACAGGUACAAUGGUCAUUACUUUGUGACAACUUUGAUAUAUUCUGUUCUCCUUGGAUUCCUUGGCAUGGACAGAUUUUGUCUUGGUCACACAGGUAAUAUAAUACCUUAAUUAUUUAUAUUACAGCAUCAAAGUUUGAUUGCAAGCAGUCAUUAAAGUUAAUCAUUACCUAUGGCUUAAGAAGACAUUGAUAGGGAUUUACAUCCUAAUCUUUAGUUACCGGUACUCAUCAUUUUUUAAAGUUAAAUUUUACAAUGUCAAAAAAUAAUUAAAACAAGCCAGUAUCUUUCCUUUAAAAUCAUAAUCUCGUAAUAAUUUAACAUAAUGCAGGUACAGCGGUGGGCAAACUUUUAACACUUGGUGGUGUAGGAAUUUGGUGGAUCAUUGAUGUGGUACUACUCGUAACAGGGCAGCUGAAACCUGAAGAUAAAAGUAACUGGGUUCCUUACUAUUGAUUAAACCCAGCUCAAAAGGUACAAAAUAAAGUGAAAUUCUGUGUCCUUCAUCAGGAUUAUUGACAUUAUAUUUAUGAAAAGGCUGAAAACCUCAGAAACACUACUUUCAUCAGUUUUACCUGUACCAUAACUUAAAAUUAUCAGACAAAGUUCUGCUUUACAUGAUGGUGUUCAGAGGCUAAUUUCCUCAGUCUAAGGAACAAAUGUUUGGGAAUCAGAGAAGUGUUACUUCUGUUUCUUCACCUAGUUAUUACAGAUAUUUACUCAUAUUCCCAGUAACCCAAAGAAUGGUUUUAUAAAUGUGUACAUUUUCAAAGCUCAAUGCCUGAUUACAUAAUAUAUAACCUGAUUGGCUUUUGAUUAAUCUAAAAUAUGCCAAUUAGCUUUGGCUUAUCAGUCCAAUCUUGAUAGCUAUACAUUUAUUCCGAGAGAUCUCAUGGAAUAUGUAAAUAAUAGCAUUUUUCCUUUUUGUGUUCUUUAUUUACUGAAAUACUUUUUUUCUAUGUUUCAUAAAAUUUUCAUCUGCAAAUUUAAGAAUACUUUGGGUCUCAACUCUAUUUGUUGAGGCUGAUGUGAAAAUGAAUUUAAUUUAUCAUUUAUUUUAUGUAAUUAUUGAAUAUAUCUUUGGAAUUGUUUCAAAUAGAUUUGAAGUGGAUGGAAUAAGUGCAUUUUUAAAUUAUAUUUGGAUUUGUUGACAGUCAUUCCAGAUAUUUAUUUUGUGAUAAGAUGUGUUUCUAAUUUUUAAAAAAAAAAAAGAAUGAAAAGUAUGCAUGAUUAAUUUUGAAAGAAAGUGUUGCUACAUUAUGGCAAAUGUUUAAAAAAAGGAAAUAUUACAUUGCGGGAAACGCAUCAUUAAAAUGUCUAUAAAAAUGUAUGUACUUUUUAGUGUCAUAUUUCAUGUUAUAGUUAUAGAAGAUUUUAAAAAACAAACAAGUCAUGCACAUUUUAAAAAAGUUUUUUUUAGUUAGAAUAUAAUUAAAUCACCAUCACCUUUGAUCCCAUAGUUUUCCCAUCACAACAUGUUUUUUUUAUCAGUAACAACAUAGUAUUAUAUUAAGUAUUUUAUGUCAUAGUUAUAUGUAACAAAUGAACAAGUAUUUAAUAACAAAUAUUUAAAUUAGCUUGAAAAUUGUUUUCAAUUGGUUCCUGUGAGUGGGUUAAAAGUAUUUAAAAAAGAAUGACUGAUUUGAAAUAUAUAUACAUCAAUGGAAUUUAAAAAUAAAUUGUUUUUGCUCAAUUAAAAAUAAGAAUAGAAAAGCUGAAAGGAAAUGAAUUAAUUUUUUUUCAAAAUGGAUCAACAGAACUUUCCUUUAAAGUGCUGAAUUUUCUGGCACACAUAAAAGAAAUGCUUUUUUGAUUGCGUUGUACAUAUUCAUUUUCAGGUCGUAGAUAGGAAAAACUGGUAACUUCUGAUCUAUUGGGGAACAAAUAUAAAUUAAUCUUUUGGUUCUACAAUAGUAACAUUGAGGGAAAGAAUUAGCCCUGAUUAAGCUGAUCUUAGGUAUCUGGGAUGAAUAAACAACUCAGUAGAGAGUUUAUUUUUCGGGAAUAACUUAAAUUUGUUAACUAAAAAUCAAAGUGAUUUUUUUUAAAGUGGAAAAUAAAUAUGGCGCAAACAUUAAGUUCCACAGUAUUAAAAAAAUAAGCUUCAAAGAGUUAAUCAUGAAAUCAAAUAUGGUUCACAUUUCUGAAUACAUUCAACAAGCACUGCAUGUAGUAAAAGAAAUAUGGAAUCUGUGUAUAAAAUUAUUUCUUAGACUCUGCUGGCAUAAUUUAAUAAUGUCAUUAAAAAAUAUUGAAUACUGGGUAUUUCAAUGUUAGUGUUUGUUAAAUUGACAAUUCACAUAAAUGUAAUUAAAAGGGACUUAUCCAAAAUAUAUUAAUCAUGAAGGUAUCUUUAGACAGUUUAUGUGCAUAAACUACAAUAAACUGUCCAAAAUCAAUUAAGUAGAAUUUAGAGUAAAUGGUACGGUACACAAAAAGUAAUUAUGAAAAAUUCAUUAUAUUGUCAUUGUUAAUGCUGUUUACAUGUUAAAAAUAUUUGUCACACAUUUUAAAUUCUGCAUGAAAGCAAAAUUAGGCACAAUUUGUUUCUUUCUCUCAACAUUUAGUUUUUCUUCCCUCUUAAAAUAUCAAAUCAAUUAUUAUUGUGGUAAGGAGGGAAGUUCUCCAGUUCCUCUUGCCAGCUUGUAUACUUGCAUUCCAACUUCGUAUGCAAGCUUAUCAGCAUUGGCCUGUGGAAAAUUAGAAAAGAUUAAUUUGCAGCUGUCUGUAAAAAUGGGAUUUUUACACCAAUGAUGAAAUCACAGAAGCACCAUCCCCCUUUAUUUUUAUAUCCCAACGACCAUGUAUAAGAUUUAGCAAAGUGGUCUUCAUUAGAUAUUUCAAAUCUGAUCCUUAAUCCUGAUCAUUUCUGAUAUAUACAUAUUGUAAACAUCAUUACAGUAAAUGGUACAGGAAAAGUUAAAGAGAGAAUGGGUAAAUUAAUUUUUAAAAAUUUUUCUGUUAAUGAUUGCUACUAUACCUGUGUGUCUGCUUCGGCAUAUACCCUGACAACAUCUUCUGUUCCAGAUGGUCUGAAAUAAAUUUUAUCAGAUAAAAAACCACAGAAUGUUGUCUUAAAAAAUAAUUCACUUACAUAUAACUUUUACUACUUCUAUUCAAUCACAGUUUGAAUUACCAAUAAAAUACAGUUUACAUCUUACAAAAUCAGUUAUACUUAUAGAUUGAGAAUGUUUCAAUAAAUUC